ACUUGGAAGUAUAAAAGCAGCUGAGAUUAUCCACAAAGUAUCAGUAUCUGCAUUCAGACAGAAACACACAAACACACAUCAACAUGUACAAGCUGGUUCUGUUGUCUCUCCUCUUCGCCGCCGUGUCGGCUAGCAUCGUGGGUACUCCGGCCAUCGCUACGUGGAGUGCCGGCCCCGGCCUCGCUCUGUCCCCAGGCAUCGCGACAAUUGCCGGCCCCGGCUUGGUGCGCACCUCUCCCAUCUGGGCCGGUGCCGCACCCUUAGCAUACGGCGGCCCCGGUGUGCUUGGAGCACCCCUUCUUUCUGGCUCAGCCAUUAUCCAUUAACAAUGAAGUGAUGACACACCGAGUGUAGUCAUUGAAUUACUUCAAUAAAGAUAUUUUAGAGACUA